CAAAACAAUAAGCUUACAGGAACACUUCCUGAUCAAAUUUGCAGUCUUUUUCACCUGAGAAUUCUGAAUAUUAGUUUCAACCGCUUGCAAGGUUUGAUUCCCUCGAACAUAAGCGGAUUGGCUGAGCUCAGAGUACUUGACUUGUCAAUCAAUGAGAUGACAGGAAAAGUUCCUGAAGAAAUGAGCUUUCUCACCCAGCUCCAAGUUUUGAACUUGGGGCGAAAUCUUUUUUUGGGUGGAAUUCCAUCAUCAAUAGGAAACAUUUCAUCUCUGAAGGAUUUUAUUCUAGGCACCAAUGCACUUAGUGGCCCAAUUCCUAGUGACUUGAGUCAUCUUCAGAACUUGAAGCUUCUUGAUCUCACCAUAAAUAAUAUCACAGGUAAUGUCCCUUCCACAAUUUACAACAUGUCUUCCCUAGUUUAUUUGGCUUUAUCGGCAAACCAACUGCAGGGGAAAAUUCCUGCUGAUGUUGGGUAUAGGCUUCCUAAACUUCUAGGCUUCAGUAUCAGCUUUAAUAAGUUCACUAGAACUAUUCCAGGGUCUUUGCACAAUCUCACACAUAUUCGAAUCAUCAGAAUGGCAUGUAACCUUUUAGAAGGGACAGUGUCAGCAGGUCUUGGAAAUCUUCUAUUCCUGGAAAUGUACAACAUUGGUUUCAACAGGAUUGUUAGUUCAGGUGACAAUGGUCUUGGAUUCAUCACUUCUUUAACAAACACUACCCGCCUUAAAUUCCUUGCCUUUGGUGGCAACCUUCUGCAGGGUAUAAUUCCUGAAUCCAUUGGCAACCUUUCCAAAGUUCUUGAAAGAUUGCACAUGGGAGGCAACCACAUUUAUGGAACCAUACCAGCUUCAAUUGGCUAUCUUAGUACCUUGACCUUGCUAAAUUUAAGCAAUAAUGCCAUUACUGGUGAAAUCCCACAUGAAAUUGGCAAAUUGGAGAAUCUGCAAGUGUUGCAUUUGGCUGGAAAUAGGAUAUUUGGUAGGAUUCCAGAUUUCUUAGGCAAUCUUCAAAAGUUGAACAAAAUUGAUUUAUCAGGAAAUGAAUUGGAAGGUGGAAUACCCCGUGCCUUUGGGAAUCUGCAUAGUGUUCUUUCACUAGACUUAUCCAACAAUAAGCUUAAUGGAACCAUGCCUAAAGAAGUUCUCAAUCUCCCAAGCUUGACCACCAUCUUCAAUCCCUCCAACAUUUGCCCCAAGAAAUUGGGUCACUAG